AUUUCAAGAGAAGGGUACGAGGGUAGAGAUGUUUCUAGCAUUGGUUUUAGUCUUGUUUUUCAGUAUUCAUUUGGAAGCUCAGCUACAAGUAGGGUUUUACAGUGGAACAUGUGGCCUUGCCGAGUUUAUUAUUAAAGAUGAGGUUAGAAGCGCCUUUAUCAAAGAUAAGGGUAUAGCUCCUGGUCUUGUGAGAAUGCAUUUCCAUGAUUGCUUUGUUAGGGGUUGUGAUGGGUCUGUUCUCAUCGAUUCAGUCCCGCCAAACACCGCGGAGAAGGAUUCUCCACCAAACAAUCCUAGCCUUAGAGGGUUUGAAGUCAUCGACAAUGCUAAGUCUCGAUUGGAAAGCGUUUGUAAAGGAGUUGUUUCAUGUGCUGAUAUACUUGCAUUUGCAGCAAGAGAUAGUGUGGAAAUUACAGGAGGGCUUGGGUAUGAUGUUCCAGCAGGAAGAAGAGAUGGAAGGACUUCAUUGUCUUCGGAAGCACUCGCAAACUUACCGCCUCCAACAUUAAAUGUAGCCCAGCUCACUCAAGCUUUUGCCAACAAAGGUUUCACACAAGAAGAAAUGGUUACACUCUCUGGAGGACAUACCAUAGGGCGUUCUCAUUGCACUUCCUUCAGCAAUAGACUGUACAGUUUCAACUCCACAACGAGCCAGGACCCGAGCUUGGACCCGAACUACGCGGCCCAGUUGAAGCAGCAGUGUCCACAAGGGAGCACAGAUCCUAAUCUAGUGGUUCAGAUGAAUCCUAGUAGCCCAAGUGUCAUGGACACCGGCUAUUAUCAAGACAUUAUAGCGAACCGCGGCUUAUUCACGUCUGAUCAGACGCUCCUAACCAACCCAGCUACCGCUAACCAAGUGGGCCUGAACGUGAUCAAUCCGUUCCGAUGGAGGAGCAAUUUCUCGAUGGCAAUGGUGAAGAUGGGUCAUAUUGGCGUACUCACCGGUAGUGAUGGAGAGAUACGUUUGAAUUGUAGGAAACCCAAUUGAGGAUGUUGAGAGAUUUAAGUGCUCCCGCAUUCUACCAUAUGUGUUUUUAAGUUAUAUAAUAGAGUGAUUAAUAAUAAUGCAUGUGAUGAUUAUUUUG